CAGGAGUCAGAGGUUGCAUCUGAAUUCACUGUCACUGUAACUUGCCAAAGAACUAAGACGACUUCCUGGUUUGGCUACUUGGAAGCUGCUUCUCCUUUACUCAGAAGUCUUUGUUAGUGAUGGACCCAUACAUGAUUCAGUUGCACGACCAUGGCAACCUCCCCUCAGUGCUGGAUGUGCAUGUCAACAUCCCUGGGAGAAGCUCUGUGCCGGGAAAAAUGAAAGGCAGGAAGGCCAGAUGGUCCGUGAGGCCCUCGGACAUGUCCAACAAAACUUUCAAUCCCAUCCGGGCCAUUGUGGACAGCAUGAAGGUGAAGCCAAAUCCAAACAAGACCACGAUUGCUCUGUCAAUUGGGGACCCUACAGUGUUUGGAAACCUGCCUACAGAUCCUGAAGUUACCCAAGCAAUAAAAGAUGCCCUUGACUCGGGGAAGUAUAACGGCUAUGCCCCCUCCACCGGCUACUUAUCGAGUCGGGAGGAGGUUGCUUCUUAUUACCGCUGCCCCGAGGCACCCCUGGAAGCUAAGGAUGUCAUUCUAACAAGUGGCUGCAGUCAGGCUAUUGAACUUUGUUUAGCUGUGCUGGCCAACCCAGGGCAAAACAUCCUAGUUCCCAGACCUGGCUUCUCUCUCUACAGAACUCUGGCUGAAUCUAUGGGAAUCGAGGUCAAACUCUACAAUUUAUUGCCAGAGAAGUUUUGGGAAAUUGACCUGAAACAACUGGAAUCUCUGAUUGAUGAAAAGACAGCUUGUCUCGUUGUCAAUAAUCCAUCAAACCCUUGUGGGUCAGUGUUCAGUAGAAGUCAUCUCCAGAAAAUUUUGGCAGUGGCUGCAAGGCAGUGUCCCAUCUUAGCUGAUGAGAUCUAUGGAGACAUGGUGUUUUCAGAUUCCAAAUUUGAACCUCUAGCCACCCUCAGCAGCAACGUCCCCAUCCUGUGCUGUGGGGGGCUGGAGCGCUGGCUGGUUCCUGGCUGGAGGAUGGGCUGGAUCCUCAUCCAUGACCGAAGAGAUAUUUUUGGCAAUGAGAUCCGAGAUGGGCUGGUGAAGCUGAGUCAGCGGAUCCUGGGACCCUGCACCCUUGUCCAGGGAGCUCUGAAAAGCAUCCUGCAUCGCACCCCUCAAGAGUUCUACCACAACACUCUAAGCUUCCUCAAGUCCAAUGCGGAUCUCUGCUAUGGGGCAUUGGCUGCCAUCCCUGGACUCCGGCCCAUCCGCCCUUCUGGGGCCAUGUACCUCAUGGUUGGAAUUGAGAUGGAACAUUUCCCAGAAUUUGAGAAUGAUGUGGAAUUCACUGAGCAGUUAUUUGCUGAGCAAUCCGUCCACUGCCUCCCGGCAACAUGCUUCGAGUACCCAAAUUUCUUCCGGGUGGUAAUCACAAUCCCCGAAGUGAUGAUGCUGGAGGCCUGCAGCCGGAUCCAGGAGUUCUGUGAGCAGCACUACCAUUGUGCUGAAGGGAGCCAGGAGGAGUGUGACAAAUAGGAUGGAGUUCGUUCUCCUGAGUACGUGUCCCAUCCGGCUGGGGAGAGCGGGACUGAGCCCUGCUGCUCCUCAGGUGCCCCUGCUGGGAGAGGGGCCUCGCAAAUACCGCGACAAGGGCUCAGAAUUGCUCCAGCUUUCCCCCAGCUAUAUCCACACACACACUCUGAACCCCAGAUUUCAUCUCACUCUGCUCUGCUGGAGUGACUCACUAAUUCAUUAAUCCACCCAUAUGACUUCCAUCAAUCCAUCCUCCCAUAUGACUUCCUCCUUUUAGCUUGAGAGUACCAGGUGAACAAAGUUACCCAGGAAACAGUAGAGACAGGAAAAUUAAGAACUCAGGAUUAGAGAAUCAAACGAUUGAGGGAACUCGUGCCCCCAACCAUUUCCUCUUACUCUAAGUAAGAACGCAUUCUCUUCAGUCAGGUCUGAAGCCCAACUCUGUCACUGGCUCACUUCAGGUAUACCUCACUGUAUGCAAUAAUGCUAUAAUGAAAGAAGUUGGGGACACACGUAUUUGGUUAAUUCUAAACACAUUAGGAAAGCUUGCCAAUUUGAAGGAUCACUUACAGAAACUUUUCGUUUUUUUUUUUGUA